AUGGGGACAGCCCGCAAGAUUGCAUUGGGUGAGCUCAAAAAGCCUCCUUUAGAAGAAGCACAGUUGGAGAUCUUUUGCACCAAGCAGACCGAGUUCAGGAGGGCCGGCCACUGGUACCGCUGCCCUAAUGGCCACUCAUAUGUGAUUGCCAAUAGCAGGAAGGCCAUGCAAGAGUUGACUUGUCCCGACUGUGGUACGCGCAUCAGUGGCUAG